UUCGAUAAACAAAAAAUCAGCUGGUCGUCUAUACAAGUUACAGUGUUUAUAAAUAAGCAUUGUUUAUUGUUUAUUACAUGUAUUAAUCUGUUAAGAAAAAUAAUUAAAAUUUAAUUGCAAACUCAAUCGAUUUGGAAACAAUGAGUCAAGCUGAUAUAAAACAUUCAUUAAGAAAAUUGGAAUUUCCAGCAUGUGUUAAGGAGGCUUUACCACGUAUUGAAAGUAUUAUUAUUGGACGUGGAAAGCAAAACUUUAUUAUGCAGUUAAUAUCAGAAUUUGUGUUUUUGGAACGAAGCAAGGAUAUUGACGUACGGAGAGGACAGUCGCCGCAAUCAUAUGGAAACAUGCAUAUGAAUAAAAUACAAGAGUUUCAAUUGAUACUAGUACUCAUAGAAUUUUUUUCACAACCCGGUCCAGAUUCGACUAGAAACGCAGUUUUCCUUUCACUGUUUGGCACCAAUUUGACUCCUCAACGCUCUAAAAUAUUGUGCAAACUUAUAAGUACAGCUGUAUCUGGAUCUGUAGCUCCACUGUUGUCAUCUGCAGGUACAUGGAUGCAACAGGUUGGUUGCACAACUCCACCUUCUUUAGAAGUCGCACAAAGUUUAGUUAGUGAUUUCAUAAUAUUUUCUCGUAAAACGUCGGAGCAAUUAAAGCAAUUGCCUUUGGUGGCCCCCCACUUUGCAGCCAACUUAAUGACAGCAGUAGCAGAUUUGUAUUUGAAUGAACAAAGAGGUGGUUUGACCGCACCACCUGAUGCACUUUUAGAUGUUUUUUGCGAAUGGGUUACCGAAAAUCCUUCCUUAUGUUUAGCAUCGCAGCAGCCUUUAGCGUUGCCCAUAGGAGCCAUAGCAAUGCCGGUAGUAACACCUAUCGCUGGCCUAAUUAGGUGGUCGGUUUUAUCACCGCUUGUGUCAAAUCGUAAUACUUAUAGUAAUUUGCAUUUAUCCUUGCUGCAGACACUUUUAGAAAUUGUUAAUAAUGGACCGCCAACUGCAGUAAGUGCUCAACAUUUGGCUAUGAUCGCAGUACCUUUAAAGAAUCAUGCUGCUCGUUUAACGGCAGACGAAAUAGAUCCAUCUAAAAACUUUGAUUUUCAAAAAUGUUUGGAACGUUACGCACAGGCCGUUCAAGUAGGUCUAAGUGGAAAUUGCGUAUAUGGUAAUGUGCCGCAACUGUUAUGUGCUCUCGAAUCUUUACCCCCUCAUAGUCUAAUGAAAAUUGUAAUUUCAGCGAAUAAAAGCUUAUAAAACGUUAAAAAAUAA